ACGUGCGUGCGGGGCAGUGUAGCUUCCGUUUACAAACUUAGGGGAGGGGGGUGUUACGCUGCUUUCAGGCUGUCAUCGUCUUGAAGUUCGGGAGGUGGGGGAGCCGUGCGGCUUGUCCCGGCGGUCACAAGAGUUGAGCCCAGUGUUUCAACGUUCCACAGCACUGUCACAACAUUCGCCCGCUGACUCUUCGCCUUCCAUUCGCCAGGGUCAUGUACAGCCUCGGCAGUAGGCUAGGCCAAGUCCGGGCAGCCAGAGCCUACUCCCUCUUCCCUGGACUACAGGAUAAGUUACUCCAAGUUGCAUGCAGUGAAGCACGUCAGCAGUUCGGGUGGUGGAACAGUGGAGUCGAGCCAGCUGCGCGUAGCAUUUCCCGGGAAUCCAAGCGCUGGGUCCACAGAUUUGUAGGAAUGUCCACAGGACCCCAGCAGCAACAUUGCACUUUUUAUGAAUUCCGCACCUAUACCUUACAGCCAGGGAAGAUGGCUGACUUUUUGAAGCUUACGGGUGAUAAUAUUGAACUGCGUACUGCCCAUUCGGAGCUUGUUGGCUACUGGUCUGUGGAGUUGGGGGCUCUGAAUGAAGUCUUUCAUAUUUGGAAAUACGGUAGCUACAAGGAACGGACUGCAGUGCGAGAAGCUCUGGCAAAAGAGAAAGAUUGGCAAGAGAAUUAUAUUUCAAAAAUGGCGCCAAUGGUCAUCAAGCAAACCAAUGAAGUUGCCUACCUGGUACCUUGGGCACAGAUAUGUACAGCUUCAAAACCAGGUGUAUAUGAAUUGGUAAGCUAUCAGAUGGUGCCAGGUGGGCCUGCUGUGUGGGGGAAAGCCUUCCAGAAAGCUGUGAGUGCGCACGACCACGUUGGAUAUUGCAAAUUAAUUGGGGUAUUCCACAGUGAAUUUGGCAAACUCAACAGAGUCCAUGCCCUCUGGUGGUAUGAGGACUGUGAUGCACGAGCAGCUGGAAGGCGCAGGGCUCAUGAGGACGUCAGGGUGGUGGCAGCAGUGAGGGAUAGUGUGACAUACCUGAUGAGCCAGAGUAACAAACUCCUAAUUCCUACACCUUUCUCGCCUCUGAAAUGAUUCCACACACUGAAAAUAGAUCCUUGUUUUCUUCUGACUGAUGCUUGUUAUUCAAGUCAACCUACCGAUUUCUAGAGCCUUGCUAUGAGACAUGUUGAUGAAUGCUUUGCUUAAACGUUGAUUUUAACUUAUACUCUUAAAUAGGUGUGUACUGGUAAGAUUAAAGAUCAAUUUUAAUUUGUUGUUCUAUGAAACCUUUUGCAUUUUCAAUCAUUAAAAUUCC